GUACUGCACGGCAAUUUAGCACCCACCAACAUUCACUUUAAUUACCUAGGGUUUCCACAUAGUCUUGUACACGCAUAUUCUUGUUUUUUUUUUUUUUAAUCAUACAAAUUCAAUUUUCACAGGUGUAUAUUCAUUACAUAUUUCCAAAAGCACUGCAAGUUUCCAAAAUCAUUAAUUAGGAAAUGGUGAGGACUCUGAAGAGUAAUCACCAUGAAGAAGACGAAGAAGAUGAUGAUGAGUUUUCUUCUAGAACACCCGAUGCCUCUUCUCAAAAGGGGAAAUUAGAAGGAAAGAGCAAAAGUUCUCAUCGUUCCAAGCAUUCUGAGACAGAACAACGGAGGAGGAUCAAGAUUAAUGAGAGAUUUCAGACUCUAAGAGAACUCCUACCUGAAAGUGAUCAGAAGAGAGACCGAGCUUCAUUCUUGUUAGAGGUUAUACAGUAUAUCCAGUUUUUGCAUGAGAAAAUACAGAUGUAUGAGGGAACCUACCAAGGAUGGAGUGCAGAACCCUCAAAGUUGAUGCCAUGGAGAAGCACUUCUGGGCCUGUGGAAGGCUUUGUUGAACAUUCUCAAAUAAUCAGAAAUGGCUCUACUCAUGAAGAUAAUAUUGGCAUUAACCCAACAUUAGAACCGAACUUGACUGCCGCUGCUUUAUAUAGAGCAGCAGACGAUUCCCAUAUGGCAGCAGAUGAAGCAAUGGGCUUUAACAUGCCACUGCAAUCCAAUCUAUUUGAAAAUGCGUCUGUUCAACCUUCUCAAUCAUCUCCUGAUGCUGAGCAUUGCGCUUCCCAGCCGCAAUCAUUGUAUUGGCCAGGUAAACAAGAUACAAUUGAGUCUAAUGAUCUGAGCUAUGGUAGAAAUGAUCAGGAAGAAGUGAAAGUCGAUGGUGAAGAAGCUGGCAUCUCAAAUGCGUAUUCUCAAAGGUUGCUUAAUACCCUAAACCGGACACUAGCAUCUAUGGGAGUGGAUAUGUCACAGGCCAAUGUUAGAGUACAACUUGAUAUCGGCAAAAGCCCAAGUAGUAGUGGAGCCACAGCUACAACAUUAAGCAGAGGAGAGAACUAUGAUCAUGCUCCUAAAAGGCUUAGAACAGAAGGUAGUAUGUAAUUGUCAAUCUAGCAUGGUGGUUCCACUGCUAAUUUUUCUGCAUCUUGUCAUCGUUUUGAUGGGGAGACACUGGGUAAACGGAGCAGCUUAUGGUCUUUGAUCUGUGGGGCUGCUGGAACCUUUCGAGGCCGUAUUAUUUUAUCCUUCACUCUCUUUUGUCUCCAGUUAGGUUUCCAUUUAAAUAUGAGAAGCUGCAUUUUCAUUCUCAAGGGUAUUUGAUUUUGAAGUUAGAUCCUAGUUCACUUUCUUUUCUUGUUUUUUAGUCGACUUUGUAAAUUCUGCCAGUUUGGUCUUUGGUAAAGUUUUUCAUACUUAUUAGUAGCAGAAUUGCCGGAUGUGGUUACACCUAUCUAUUUAAGAUGCCUCCAUGGAUCUGGUUUCUUAGUUGGUUUUUAAGCAGGGAGUCCCAAUUUUUGUUUCAAAUCUCAGCAUGAAGAUUGUUACUGUAUACAUUACCAAAUCUUUCCCUGUUCAGCCUUUUAUUUGGAACAAGAGCCAAUUGAAUUAAUUUUCUAA